UAAUACCCAUCAGUUAACUUGUAUGUAGAUUAGGCAGUGUCAUUGGCAUUGAAAACCAUCAAAUUAUCUGAUAACUCAGUAAAACCCAGAAUAUACCAGAAUUUUCUAGUUUCAGGAGAAGAUAAAUCAGUUACACAGCUGCUAUCGGUUGGACUAAAUUCUCUCAGUCGCAUAGAGUGAGGACCAAGAGGUUGAGGCUCCAGGUAUAACUAACCCGAGUAAACUAUUAUUUCAACUUGUCUGUAUAAUUAGAAAAUAACAAGUUCAAUACAUUUCUUUUGAGGCUCCAGAAUAGAAUAUCGCAAGAGAAGAUUGCAUAGAAGGCCCCCAAAUGACUGAUAAUCGUGUUUAUCGUACUCGAACCCUUGGUAUCCCAGCCGAGGGUUUGAAAGACCAGUAUGCAGAUGGCAUUGCUGCUAAACUCUGGGAGCUUUACAUUGGUGACAAGAACAAGAGGACUGAUAUUUACCGCAAGUUUAUUACUAAGCUUCUGAGGGAAAAAAAAUGCCAUAAUAUCCUGGAUGUUGCCUGUGGAACAGGUGUGGAUAGUAUAAUGCUGUUGGAAGAAGGUUUUCAAAUGACAAGUGUCGACCUCUCAGACAAAAUGCUGAAAUUUGCUCUCAAGACCCGAUGGAGACGACGCAAGGAGCCUGCUUUUGACAACUGGGAGAUUGAAGAAGCCAACUGGUUAACACUCCCAGAAGACAUAGAAGGUGCUGGAACUUAUGAUGCUGUCAUUUGUCUUGGAAAUUCCUUUGCACAUCUGCCUGAUGUAUCUGGAGACCAGUCAGAACAUAAGUUAGCCCUGAAGAACUUUGCUCAUAUGGUGAAACCAGGAGGCGUACUAUUGAUUGAUCACCGAAAUUAUGACAACAUCAUUGACUCAGGGUCAGCUCCUUCCCACAACAUAUAUUAUAAUAGUGAACACAUUCAAGACAUCAAAACCUCUGUGUUAUAUGUUAAUGGAAAACCCUCAUUGGUAACACUGGAUUAUUUAAUGGAUGUUAAAAUUGCAUCACGUGAUGACACAGACUCUGGUGUCUCCAGGAAGGGGAGAGUGGAAGGUCCAACGAAAAGUAAUUUCCGUCUCUCAUAUUUUCCUCACCGAGUCGCAAAAUUUGGGGAACUACUUCAGGAAGCUUUUGGGGAAAGGUCGGAGCACUGUGUGUAUGGAGAUUUUAAACCUAUAGGAGAGGUAAAAGACCCAGGAUUCUACAUUCAUGUUGUUGUGAAGCCAACAUAAUAGCUUUGUAAUUUUCAACUGCAUUCCAAGUUCAAGCUUAAAAAUGGUUGUGAUAUUGUUUAAAUGUUUGAAGAUAUUACUUAUUCUUAUGAUUCCUAUUCUAAAGGGACUGCCUUUAACAAAUAAGUAAAGAUAAUAUCGAAAAUUUCUCAUGUUACAAAUUUUUCAGGUUUAUAUGUAAAUGAUAAGAAUGUCUCGUGAGUUUUGAAAUGGGUUAGAAAUUAUGGAGCUUAUAUUAUUGAGCAUAUGCCAGUUUAUAGAAUAAUUGGCAAAAAAAAAAUUAUUUUGCAUCUGAUUUUUUUUUUUAAUUAUACACAUAGAAUAUUUUAGUCAUAAGAUUUAAUAUAUGUAUACUGUACUUGGAAUUUAGUGGGAUAAGGAAAAUAUAAGUUUGGUUUCAAGGUCAGUAUUAUUUGAAGUUCAUUUAUACAGUGUGCAGAAAAUUAAGUAGUUCUUACAAGUGUCUGUUGUAUAAUAAGUCAUUCAAUUUUGGUUGUCUUAAGUACGAGAAAUAUUUAAUUUUUUCCUUGCAUAUUUACGAGUAUUUCCCCUCAUGUGGCCACUGUGUAUUGCCGAGUAACCAUUUAAGACUGGAAUAGCUUAAAAUAUUUCCUAAAAGAUUCUGCAUUUGCAUUUCCUUGGCACAUAAGCAAUUGAAUCAUCAUAUUUACUUAUAGACAUAUUUUAUAUCUAAUUAAUAAGUAGCUUGCGCAUUUCAAGAAAGUUGCAUGUAUGUUUUUGGCAAAUACUAUGCAGGUAAUAGUCGGUUUCUGAACACCUGUUAUACAAACAUAAGUUCAUAUACCUGUAGGUAUUAAACAUUAUACUUUUUGACCAAGUUUCAGUCUUUUGAAAUUUUUUCCCCACUCACACAACAUACAAACACAGGAAUUCUCACACUAGAAUGCAGGAAAAUGAACACUGCAUUGGCAUAUUGCACACAAGCAUCCUCCUAUAAUACAGUCGCCACAAAAGAAAUGUUGACAUUGUGUUCACCUUGAGAUUUGGAGGAGAAUAAAAACUUAAAAACAUGA